AUGUGCGAGGUAGAUGUGAAAAUCAUCAAAAGAACUCAAGAAACCCUAGGAAAGUUAAUCAAAAAGCCGGUCCUUACUGAAAAACUUUUGUCAAGACCUCCAUUUAGAUUUCUUCACGAUAUAUGUACGUCAGUUAUUAGGUCGACAGGAUUAAUGAAGGGUUUAUUUAACUCAGAAGAGUUGGAAGCUGAUAAUGUCAAAGACAAAGACAAAAAGUUGGCAUUUCUUCAAAAGUUGGUAGAUUUUUUGUCGGUAGUGCAUGAACGAACCAUUCCUGUCAGAACAAUGAGCAUUGUUGCUGGUAAGGAGGCUGAGAAAACGAAUGAGAUGCUGUUCCUACUAGCUGAAGCUGUCAACAAAAAGAUCAACAACGAAGAAUAUGUUGCCCGAGUUCUCCAAGGAAGUAAAGUCAAUGAUGUUAAAUCAAGUGCUGUUGGAAAGCAAGUAUCAGAAACUAAGCAUUCAAAGAAAAAGCCUGGUAUGGAGUCAAAGUUCGUGGAUCAUCGAACAAAGGUGACUCAAAGUCACCGGAAAAACAAGUCAAGUGUGGAAAAAUAAAGGUAUACAGUUUGCUUGUUGUAUGUGAAUUAUCAGGGGUGCUCUAGUUGAGAUAAUGUCUUAACUUGCCCAACUUAUUUUCUGCAUGCAUCAAUCAACCUAAAAUCACCAAAUACUUUACAAUUUAGUUCUGAUAUUUUAUACUCAUGUUUUGAAUCGUAGUUUAUAUGGCACAAAGACAUUCGAAGUACGUUGUUUAAAAACAUACUGAACAACAACCAGAUUUACAUUUGUUCUCUCAAAGCCGGUUGGAGGACUCAACAGACCCAGUUAAUAUAGAAAAGUGUGGUAGCGCGAGGGAAAAUCAUCUGUUUCAAGAUUCUGGAAGUCGUUCUGGCAGUCAAUGUGGUUUACAAACACCGGAAAAAUCACAAGAGGAAAUCGUUGCUCCUUCCCUCCAAAAUUCUGAAGCAUCAGUCUUCCAACCUCGACAUCACAGACCUGCAUCCGCCAAAGGACAGAGGGUGAAAAGAGAUGAUGUAAAGAUGUCAACCGAUCAACAGGAUAGUAAACGUGAACCAACUGAAAACUCAAGAUCGGUACCACCUCGCCCAAGACGUUCUGGAGAUUUUAUAAUUGAAGAUAAUCACAAACAAGUGAAUAUGACAUGUAUAUCUGGACUUAUUAUUUCUGAUUCACAACAAGAUACAACUGAUGAAGAACACGAUGAUGAUAAUAAUGAUGAUAAGAAAUUUGUUAGCGAAGAAACUCCUGAUAAUAUAUCAGCUAAUAUUUUAACAAAACAAUGGGAUAAAACUGAGCCAGAAGAUAAUCAUGAACAUGGUGGUUUAGUCACUAAAAUAUUACAGACGAAAAAAGAAUAUGAAAAUGUCAAUACAAUGAAUAAAGAAAGUUUAAAAGUACAGUCUAGCAGAUUGAAUGAAGCAGCUAAAGAACGUGAGAAAGCUUUAUUAAAAAAAGAAAUUAAUCGUUUAUGUGAUUCACUGCAAACACUAUCCCGUUCAGCUAUUCCAUUGAGUAAACUGAUGGAUUUUGUUCAAGAAGAUUUAGAAACAAUGCAACAAGAAUAUGAACGUUGGAAAACUGAAAAUCAUAUACUUAAAUCUCAAUUGAAACAACAGGAAAAUUUAACCCAAACAUGUAUAGAACCCUUGAAAGCUCAACUAGAUGAAUUGGAAAAAUAUGCCAAAGAAAAAGAGAAGGCUAUUAUUAAAUGUAAAGCUAAAAUAUUUCAUAACAAUGAGCGUAUACAAAAUUUAUUGUUUAAAUCAUUGGAAAAAGUCUUGUGAACAGUUAUUUAAAAUAAAAUAAAUAAGUGAACAUAGUGAAUUUUCAUCUUAACAUUCUGUUUCAUCAUAGUGUCGUAUAUAUUUCCACAAAGUUUAAUGUUAUUUACUGAACAAUUUAUGAAAGUCAAUCACUUUUUAAAUAAAAAUAUAUAAACCUAAAGAAUUUGGAGUUGGCUAAAAGAUCUUACUUUCAUCUAACCAACCGCGUUCAUUUUAUUCAUCAAAUAAUUAAAAAGCAUUUUCUAUCAAGUAAUGUUAAAAACUAUUGUUGAAUGAUUCGAAUAAAUUAUGAGUUUCUUUGUUGAUUAUUUCAAGAUAUUUUAUGAUAUAAAUUACUUUGUGUUUUGUUCAAAGAAUCUUUUAGUUGUUCAUUUCAAUUUAAUUGAUUGCUUUCCCUAAAUCUUUAUCUGCGAUAUAUUUUUUGUGAGGUCGAUUAAAUUUGUUGUCUCAUUGUUUUUCAUCUUAUGAUGAUAUGUGAGAUUUCACCAGAAAAAAGAACAGUCUGUUUUAUUAAUUGAACAUCGUUUUUUGAAGGAACUUGUUAAACCAGGAGAUUGGGAUUUACUUUAUCGAUUUGAUACAUUUAUUUUGUCAUUCCACUGGAAAUUGAUCAACACCAUUUGUUGGUGAAAACUUGUUAUAUCAAAUAAAUAAUAAUAAAUAA